CGGAAGGGGUGGAAAGAGCAAUCCGAGAAACCCUCUUUUCUAUCCAAUACUGAGCCUUCCCUCCAUCCACUGCCGCGAUUGCCAGCUACAAAACUUAAUUACUUCACUCUCACGCAUCUAUCAUUCUCUGAAAAAGUACUCGCUGAUCUUCCCAAGUAAUCCAUUUUCUUAUCAUUCUCUGAAAAAGUAGUCGCUGUUCAUCCCAAGUAAUCCAUUUUCUGAUCAUCUCUGAAAAAGGGAAACACCACCAACCUGUCCGCGGAAUCUGAUUCCCCUUUUACUUCCUUAUAAAAACCCCAAUUAUCUCCCAACUUUCCUUUCCCAGAAUCCGUUUUCCAUCAUGAAUUCCCUUAGAAUUUUCCUUCUUUUCGCCCUGUUUUCCAUCUCACUUUCCCACGAACCAUUCAACUCCCACCUCCUCCCCAGGCCUCUGAUCCUCGAAUAUCCCCAGGAAUCCAGUGAGGAAAUUCAAUUAGAGUGUACGAGUUGGAGAUUUGGAGUUGAGGCCAACAACCUUGGUCCGUGGAAGACGAUACCUGUGGCGUGUGCGGAGUAUGUGAAAGAGUACAUGACGGGUAGGGCUUAUGAAAUCGAUCUCGGACGAGUAGCGAACGAGGCUGCCAUUUAUGCCAGGUCUGUGGAAUUGAGUGAGGAUGGGAACGAUGUUUGGGUGUUCGAUGUGGACGAAACGUUGUUGUCGAAUCUUCCGUAUUAUGCUGAGCAUGGUUAUGGUUUGGAAGUUUUUGAUGAAAUGGAGUUUGCUAAAUGGGUUGAAAAGGCUACGGCACCUGCUAUCGGGUCUAGUUUGAAACUUUAUGAAGUGGUUCAGAGUUUGGGCUUCAAGACUUUCUUGCUCACUGGGCGCAGUGAAAACCAAAGGAGUGUCACUGUUGAGAAUUUGAUCAAUGCAGGAUUCCAGAACUGGGACAAGCUUAUAUUGAGGGGGUCCAAUGACCAUGGAAAACAGGCGACAGUAUAUAAGUCAGAGAAGAGGAGUGAAAUGGUGAAGGAGGGGUAUAGAAUUGUGGGGAACUCUGGAGACCAAUGGAGCGACCUAUUAGGUUCUGAAAUGUCUCUACGGUCCUUCAAGCUUCCAAAUCCCAUGUAUUACAUUCCCUAAUUAAGGGUAAAUCAUUCCCACUUGUUUUAGUUUGAUUGGCUACUGGUAGACUGCAUUUGUAAGGAUAUUCACAAUUUACAAUGCCAAUAAAAGUUAAUACAAAUUUCAAUUAUGCCAA